AUGAAGACUUAAUUUGAUAAAAGCAGAAUUGUCAAUGUCUACUCUCCAAAUCUCCCUCCAUUUAAAUUGACAUUAACUUUUAAAACUACUUUUAAUGAUGUUCGCAACCAAAUUAUUUAAGGAUGGAGUGUCAUCCCUAAGCGAGUCAGAAUCUUUAAUUAAAAUGGGCAUGAAUUGAUAGAGCAGGAUUUACAAUAAGUUCUAGAUGGAAAUAAAUUAUAUAUCACUCUCUUCGGUUAGGACUUGGAUGCAAGUAUCAUAUUUUAGGAGUAUGAGAUUGUCUCAGAAAUUGGUAAGGGAGGUUAAGGAACUGUCUUAUUGGGCAAACAUAAGUUCAUUGGAUCCUCUGUGGCAAUAAAAAUAACAAGGGAUAUGGAGGAAGAGGACUCCAUUAUAAAAAGGGAAUCAAAAAUCUUAAAAGAAUUACUGCAUCGAAAUAUUGUUAAGGUCUUUUAAACUCUAUAUUUCUCCAAGACCAAGGAGUCUAUUAUAAUUAUGGAAUAUUUAGAUGGUGUAAGUAUCCUCUUUAUUUUAAUAGACAAAGGAAUACUACCUGAAUAGGAAGUGAAGAUCUAUAUCAAACAGAUUGUUGAGGCAUUACUCUUUUGUCAUUCAAAAACAUUUAUUCACAGAGAUUUAAAAUUAGAAAAUAUCAUGUUAGUUACUUAGGGAAAUACAUGGGUUAAAUUAAUAGAUUUUGGAUUGGCAGGAGUGGCUGGAACAUAGAGAGAAACUGAAACAAUGAAUGUUGGUACUCUACCAUACAUGUCUCCAGAGGUUCUUAAUGGAAAACUCAAGUUCUUAUGUCCUUGUGUAGAUGUGUGGGGAUUGGGAGUAAUUAUGUACAGUCUGUUAUAUGGUAAAUUACCUUUUAAAGGAAGAUCAAAUGAAGAGAAAGUGAACAACAUUCUUCAAUGUAAUUUCUAGCAUGAACUCAAUGUCUCUGAUGAAGCUAAGGAUUUAAUUAAUAGAAUAUUUGUACCUAAACAUAAUUAGAGGAUAUCCAUGUAAGAGAUAUUGGCUCAUAAAUGGAUAGGAGGGAAUGGCUUCUUACAAUUUCGUAGAUUACUUAAGAAAUAAGAAAAUCCAUAUUUAAAAAAUGGAAAGAAGAAGUAUGAUUAUGAAAUCAGAAAAAAAAGUAUUUGUGAAGAAUAAAAAGUUAAAAUUUCUCUUCCGCUUAUCAGAUGUAGAGCUAGCUCUUAAGAUACUAUAAUUGAUAUAUCAAAAUGA